UUUUUUUGUUCGAUGGCAUGCAAAGGGGGAAUUUAUUGAAUUUCCCUUAAACAAAAACAAUUUCCAGCAACACCCAUUCCACGCCACAGGUGCCACCACCAUUACCACCUCUACUGGAGUUUCUUGGCACUACACACAAGAAUAAGCCAGCAGCAUAAGAAAAACUACCUGCCGAGUACGUUUGAAAGUGACCACUUUUAAUAUUCUGGUGUAAAGCAUGAAGAUCAAUGAAAAAAUGGCGACUCCGAUUGAGGAAAAAGUUGAUCAAAAUCUAAAGAUCCGCACGGGGAUGGUAAAUGUCAGCGAUGGCAAAUGUAAACCCGAACCCCUGAGACUGAAUUUAACCAUGGAAUUAGUAACGCUCCAGCGAUUAGAAAUUGUCACACCCACAAAUGCACAAAAUGGUCCGCCAAGUGAAUCGAAGGAACGCAUGGUACAAAUCACACGGCAAAAACAGGGUGGCCUUGGCUUAAGCAUAAAGGGUGGUGCGGAACACAAAUUGCCGAUAUUAAUCUCACGCAUUUAUAAGGAUCAGGCCGCCGACAUAACCGGCCAAUUGUUUGUGGGUGAUGCCAUAAUUAAAGUCAACGGUGAAUAUAUAACCGCCUGCCCCCACGAUGAUGCUGUGAAUAUACUACGGAAUGCCGGCGAUAUUGUUGUAUUAACCGUGAAACAUUAUCGUGCCGCAACGCCAUUUCUACAAAAGCAAUUGGCAAAGGAUACACCCGACUCAGAUAAUGAUACUACAUGUGCUGAAUUAAAGGCUGACGAAGGAUACAAAUCCUCAGUGAAUAAUGGUACCAUUAGUCGUAGUUGUAGCAGACCAAUGUCAAUUUGUUCAGAACCCGAAAAGAAGUGGAUGGACGUUGUGGCAGUCCCCCUUAUGAUGGCCUAUGUAACGCGUUACAUUUACGGCACCGAUAAAUUACGGCCCAACGCCUUUGAAGUGCGUGGCAUAAAUGGCACAUCGACGGGCAUAAUACACUGUGAUGAUUUGGCCAUACUGAGUCAAUGGCUGAAAUUGAUUAACGACAACGUUGUGGGUCUGACACAUUUACAGAUGAAACUUUACAAUCGAAAUUUUGCCGUUGGCGAGCGCAUUGAAUACAUGGGUUGGGUAAAUGAAGGUGUCAUCAAUAAUAAUAUAUCAUGGCAAAGUUAUAAACCACGAUUUUUAAUACUAAAAGGCACCGAGGUCAUGCUGUUCGAAACUCCACCGCUAAAUGUAGCCGGUUUAACAAAAGCCUUAGUUGUUUACAAAGUCUACCAGACCAUGUUUCGUGUUGUCAAGGAAUCGGAAACGGUGGACAGUCGUCAACACUGCUUUCUGCUGCAGAGUGCUGGACAUGAGCCUCGCUAUCUGAGCGUGGAGACACGCCAGGAGUUAUUACGCAUCGAGAAUAGUUGGAAUGCAGCCAUAGUAACGAGUGUCAUUAAAUUGGGGCGCAAAACAUUUGCCGUCUCCCAUCAUGGCAAGAGUGGCGGUCUAACGUUGGAUUGGCAAACAGGAUUCGCAUUAGCAGAGGGUGCUGACUCGGCCAUUGUGUGGCAGUAUAAAUUCUCACAACUGCGAGGUUCCAGCGAUGAUGGCAAAUCCAAGCUGAAGUUACAUUUCCAGGAUCAUGAGACAAGGGCCAUCGAAACAAAAGAGCUGGAAUGUCAAGUGCUGCAGAGUUUGCUAUUUUGUAUGCAUGCGUUUCUGACAGCUAAAGUUGCUUCAGUUGAUCCCGCAUUUUUGAGUUCUAUACAACAGACUUAAGCAGCUUGCUGCCAGCCAGCGGCUUCAAAGCAAGAAUAAGUGGUGGCAUUAGCGGCAACAACAACAACU